AUGUUCAGUCGACUAAAGCAAAAAGUGAAAGAAAAGACGGGCAGAAGCAAGGCGACAGUGCUUCCCGCCGAAAUCGACGAGGCGUUGAUCUACUUCAAAUCUCUGAAGCCCCGCGUCCAGGAUCUCUACAAGCACAUGGCAAAUCUGAACGACGUGGCAAAUUGGCAAGUGAAAGCCAACUUUUCAGGCCCACUGGAGAACUAUGCUCUGCUCGGAGAUCGUAUCAACGUGCAACCGUUCAUCAAUUGUGUCGACACGCGGAUGGAGGCAGAAGUCGAGUCGAUGGAUAAGGUGCUGGCGAUUUGUGAGCGGUACAAGGCGUUCACACAGAACGAGAGUAAGCUUCACACAAAUACAAUUGCCAAUUUGAAUAAGACACGUCUCGAUAUGGAUAGUGCUGCGAACAAGUACGCCAGCAACGACACUGACGUCAAUCGGACUCGGUUUGAUGAUGCCACUCGUGAGUUUGAGGUGGCUUGUGAUCGGAUGCGUGAGUUGGCGAUAAGUAUUCAGACAAUUGAGGAGACUCAUUCCAUGUGGCAAGAUGAAUUGAUGCGGGAGAUAAAGGCCGGAAUGAGGAAACCGAAUUGA